ACCGGAAGAAUCGCUGCAGUGCAGAAUCUUUCUAGAAAAGCGGUUUCACACGCGUGUAGAGUGAAGAACAGAAGGUGUUACUGUGUUUGAAUUUUAGUAUCUUAUUUGUGUUAAACUGAAUUAAGCGCUUGUUUUCAAAGCAGUGACAGUAAUGGAGCUCAGUGAACAGAUCGCAGGACUUGAGUGUGACUUGAGAGAAGUGACACGACUCCUGGAGAUGUGUGAAAGGAAGAAUGUGCAGGAUGUCCUCUCACAGGAGCAGCAGAAGAUCGAGAAAGUGCUGGCACAGAAACAGCAACAGAGGGAACAGCAAGUAAAAAAAGACUCUGCAGAUCAAGUAGAUACAACAGUCAAGCUUUACACAGUCAAAAUUAACAAUUAUGGUUGGGACCAGUCAGAAAAAUUUGUAAAAGUCUACAUCACAGUACCAGGAGUGCAUAAAGUCCCUGCUGACAAUGUGCAGGUCAGCUUUACAGACAGGUCUUUCAAUCUGCUUGUUAAAGAUUUGGAGGGAAAGAACUAUCAAAUGACAGUCAACAACCUCUUGUUUCCUAUUGUAGUUGAGGAGAGCAUGAGAAAGGUGAAAACAGACAUGGUACUAAUCAUGUGCAAAAAGAAGACAGCAAAGAAAUGGGAGUGUUUUACACAAGUAGAGAAACAGUGUAAAGAGAAAGACAAACCCAGCUAUGAUGAGAUUGGAGAUCCUGGAGAGGGGCUGAUGAAUAUGCUGAAGAAGAUCUAUUCAGAGGGUGAUGAUGAAAUGAAGCGCACAAUCAACAAGGCCUGGGCAGAGUCCCAGGAGAAGAAAGCCAAAGGAGAUCAGUUUGACUUCUGAGUCUCUUUACUACCACUGAACUACAAGUCCUUACCUACAAUGCAUUCCUGUAUAAUUGCCUUUUUUUAUUUAACACUUGUUUAUUGACAGACACUGUGUUUUGAAAUUACUUAUUGGAACACAUCUAUACAUUUGUUUUACCUUUUUGCUGUUAUUUCCCCAAUAGUGUUAAAAAUGUUUAAAGACAUCAGUUUCUAACAUGCUACACACCUAAUUGGGCUUUCAAGAUGCAUAAACUGUUAAUUGAAAAUAAAAUGUCAAAAAAAAAAAGUGGCUGUUCAUAAGUGUAAAUUGUUCUGGGCUUGUGUUCCUACCAUGUAUACACAGUGCUGUUCAAAGGUUUUAGAAAUGUAACAAAAGUAAGAAUGUAAGAAUGCAUUCAACGAUAUUUGUCAAUUGUUUAUGAACUUACAAAAUGGAAAGUGAACCAAUAAAAGAAAAAUCAAUCAA